CCCGGCCUGGCGCUGGGCUGGGACGACGCGGCCGGCGCGUGGGCCCCGGUGGCGCCCAUCCGGCACUACUGGGCGUCGGAGGCGGGAUGGGAUUUGCAGAUCCUCCCAGAACGCCGUUCCUGGCGCUCCGAGGGCAAGGACCUGCGUGAGGG